AUAAAGUCCACUACACGUCUGCCGUGUUGUGAGAUCUCUUCAUUCAAAACCAGUCAGGACCUCGAAGAGAAGGGAAGCGCCUUUUUUCCGUUGAAAAGAGUAAGAGGUCUCAACAUGAUGACGGAAAGUAUCAAGUCGUUUCGUAUCGAUGACCUCCUGGCGUCGGACCGGCGCAAGCUGCAGCGCUCCUCGGGGCUAGGCGUGUGGAGCCCCCGCCAGCGAAGCCCUACCGCCUCGGAGCCAAGUCCACGGGGCCAGCCCGACACGCCGCCCGUCUCACCCCUAGCGGAAGAGAGUCCCAAGAUGUCCCCGCCGUCUAGUUUUGUCCCGAGACCGGGACUACUUCACCUGCACCCGUCCGCCGGUCUCCCCCUGCACCCGCACCCGGCGUACGGUCAGCACCACUUCCCGUUGACUGCUAACGGGACGCACCACUUCGGGUUCUCGGGCUUCCACCCGCAUCACCCCGACCAUCUCAAGACGGCCAUGCCCUUCGAGUGGGUCCGAGCAGCGGGAAUGAUCAUGCCAAGAAUGGAUUAUGGAGUGCACCCGUCCCAGGCCAGCCCCCUGUGUAAGACCCGGCGGCCCCGCACGGCCUUCACCAGCCAGCAGCUUCUGGAGCUGGAGAAGUACUUCAAGGAGAACAAGUACCUGUCCCGGCCCAAACGGUUCGAGGUGGCCACAGCGCUCAUGCUCACAGAAACACAGGUCAAGAUCUGGUUCCAGAAUCGCAGAAUGAAGUGGAAGAGAAGCAAGAAGGCCAAAGAUGAAGUGACGCAAGACAAAUCUACAAACGGGAGCGCCAAGGUCACCGAUUCCUCCAAAAUGGACGACCCCAAAGACACUUACAACAUGGCGGACCUUAGUGACCCGGAUGAAGACUGCAGCGAGCAUGCGCUGGAGGAGAUUGACGUCACGGACAGUAUUGACGGUUCAUCAGACAACGAAGAAUCCAGGCCAGUGCAGAUAUCCUUACAGACAAAAUCUGACGUCACAACAAGAUGAUUCCAUUAAUUACAUGUCGUAUCUUCUCUAGAAUCCAAUGUCUCCUGUAGCUAUUCUAAUCUAUAGAAUACAAUGUAUAGCCUUUCAAUAGUAAAUUUGUCGAUGUUCUCCGUUGUAAGAGAUGUGUACAGACUUGUAAUAUAUAUUUCUUUGUGGUUUCCAGAGGAAAAUGAUAAGCGCACACACAAUGAAAUGAUUAAAGCCACGUAAGCGUUCCCAUCGAAUGAUUUUCUCCACGACUUUCAAUAAUGUAAGGCAACACUGUGGAAUGAUUUACCAAGAAGUAUCGGUGAAUACAAAAUCAGCACAGUCUUUUUUUUUUGCUUUAGUCUGAUUCUAGCAACCGUUGAAAGUACUCUUCAAGUAGAGGUUAGGCUCCGGUUGGAUUCUUGACGUCUUUUGGCGUUUUCGUUGGGAAAAACUCACAAAAUAGCAGCAAGAACGCUUAAAAUAUGCCAUAAACCAAUCGGGGCUUAGCCUCUGUUUUGGGACUACGUUGGAAGCAGACUAGAGUGAACAGGACUGGACUCGAUGUUGAAAUUUUAUUGCACAUAUGUUAUAGGUAUUCUCAGGUGCUUCUCUGUCUCUUUGCGUUUGUGAUCGCAUCUGUUCCUACCGACCGUAUAAAAGAAGGGCCCAUUGUGUGCAGUGCAGAUAAGAGUAUAUACCGAUGGUAUUUCAAGUGUAUUUAUUGUUUGCAUAUAUGUGUGUGAUAGACACUAACGUGAUACGAUGCCAGGUGCACCACAAUAAAAUCAAUAUCUCAUAAGCUCAAUGCAAA